GGAGGAAAAGAAAAUGUAUCUGAUAACGAUAAGACUACACCCGUGGAUAAGGCUAAAUAUUACAUUAGGUGCUGAUAAGAAAAUAAGACACGACUAAAAAUGACCAUAAAACCAUUUGAGAGCCUAAGUUUAUUGAACACACUGCCGGCUUGUCGGUUUCGCCUUGCAAGUGCUCUAGUCCGUUUAGGUUUUUUAUUUGGUGCAUCUCUUGUUGAAACUAAUCUACUUCAAAAUGAAUUCAAAUGACGAAAUAGACGCUCAACCACUUUCUACCGCAGAGGCAACGAUAAACGAGCCGUUUACAGCACCAUCUCAACAAUUAAAUGUUAGACCGGAAAUAGACAUUCAAAGUGAAGAAUGCACGGAUCACCCAUACAUCCGCGCGCCGGUGAAAAAAAACUCCCCUUGCUACAACAUGGAGCACAAGAGACGUGGUGACGCAAUCAUAUUUCACCACGAAAAAUUCGAUUCCAACUUGGAAUUAACGCCACGAGAAAAUGACAAAGAUUUGCUCAACAAGUUGAUAAAUGUUUUGAAUGACUUGCAGUUCAACGUUUGCGUCUGCGAAGACUGGACUUACAAACAAAUCGAGAAGAAAAUCACAAAAUUGGCCACCAAGGAAGAUCACAGGAACAGCGACUGCAUUCUGUUCGUGUUCAUGACUCACGGUUACAACGGCAAAUUGUACGCAAAAGACACGCACUACAAUCCAGAUCCGUUGAGAUUACUUUUUACAUCGGACAAAUGCCCCAGUCUCGCUGGGAAACCAAAGAUUUUCAUCAUUCAAGCGUGUCGAGGAAACAGUCCUGAUUUGGGAACUUCAUUGACUCCUCGCCCAAAGCACUCUUCUCAUCGCGUUAGCUCAUCCGACGAGACCGACGGACACAAAAGUGAGCCGUUCAAGAUGGCAACACAUGCAGAUUUUUUAAUCGCAAACUCUACAGUUUCAAACUUCACCUCCUACCGAACAUGGUUCCUUGAAGCUUUCUGUGACGUUUUGUCGUCUGAAAAAUACCGCAAAGAUGACUUCCUCUCCAUCAUGACCACCGUCCAAAGAAAAGUCGCCAUUUCCUUCGCAAACGAACUCGGCGAUAAGCAGAUCCCAUCCUUAACCACCAUGCUCACCCGAAAACUCUACUUCACUUCCAAGAAAAAAACCCCUCAAAGGCACGCUAGAAUGUCUUGUAUAAGUUCAAAUGUUUCAGAAUAA